UGCACCGCGGUGACAGGCACCGGCUGCCGAAGAUCGUCUCUGGUGAAGACAAUCACUGAUGCUGAAAAAGGAUCUGUAUUAGCUGCUGCCAUGUUUCCAUCGUGUCAGUCCAAGGCUCCCGCCGGGGACAGCGGCGACUCCUCCACCAAGAGGAGCUCCAUCGCUAAGAUGCUGCUCGGGGUCUUCGUGGUGUACAUGCUGCACACCGCCUGGCUGCUGUACGGCUUCCUCAACACCAAGCCCUGCGAUAGAAGCAAAGGAGAGCUCUGCAUCUCCUCCUACCUGACAGCAAGACCCAGGCUUCAGCUGAGUGUCUUCACCUGCCUCGUGCCAGACAACAGCCAACUCAACCUGGCUGUAAGAAUAGACCAAUUUGACCCACACUCUUCAUUUGAGAGGGAAGUGAAUGUCUCCCUGCCAGAGCAAACUCGGGAUAAUGGCACUCUGUUUGCAGUCGUGUAUAUUCACAAAGCUGGUGUUUCACCUCUGGAGGACGGCAGAGAAGUGCACUAUGCAGCUCAGCUCACCACCUACAUCGCCCCCCCCCAUACAGAGGGACAAAGAGACACGCACAAGAGGGCGAGUCCCAGGUCAGAAAAUCCCGUAUCCCACUGGAGACCUCACCUGUCAGUCACUAUGAUGUCAGAGGACUUCACCUUCAACAAGGCGGGGCUUCCCAGUGAUGUGCGGCGCUACAUGAGAGUCUCUCAGGAAGGCCGACAGAUGAUCUACCUCCCUCUGCUGCUGGUGAACGAGAUCAGCUUCAGAGUCAGAGACCUCGUGGAGAUCAGCAGCAGCACUAUCCGGCUGCCUCUGACUGUGUCCUACGAGGGCAUCUCUUUGAGGGGGUUCAGGUUCUGGGUGCAUCUGCAGGACAUCGUUUAUUCUCUGCGACAGUUUGGCUUCACAGAGGAGAACGUGGAUGAGAUUAAAGAGACUUUGGUGGGCUCCAACCUCUACCUGUUAGUGUUGACUGCACUCAUCACAGCUCUGCAACUCAUAUGUGAGUUCUUGGCUCUUAAAAAUGACUUCUGCUCAUGGAGAAAAAAGAAGACCAUGGCGGGAAUGUCCAGGAAAUCAGUUCUGUGGCGUAGUCUGAGCACUUUGCUGAUUUUCCUCCAUCUGCUAGAGGAGACAAGUCUGCUGGUGCUGCUGCCUGUUGGACUGGGAGCAUUUUUGGAGGUAUGGAAGUUGUUUACAGUAUAUAAGGUCCAGUUUCAAUGGAGAUGCUCCAAGCUCCAUGUCAUUAAGCUGGACGAAGAAGAGAGAAAGACAGUGGAGUAUGACAAGCAGGCGUCAAGAUACUUGUCCUACUUGGUCUAUCCUCUGUGCAUCAGCGGAGCUAUUUUCUCCCUGGCCUACUUACGCCAAAAGAGUUACUAUUCCUGGCUGGUCAACAGCCUGGUGACUGGAGUGUAUGCCUUUGGCUUCCUGUCCAUGGCCCCACAGCUGUUCAUUAACCACAAGUUGAAGUCUGUGAGCCACCUGCAGGGGACAGUGUUGAUGUACAGAGGAGUGAACACGCUGAUCUCAGACCUGUGCUCCUGUGCCACCUUUUUCUCCUCUUCUGGAUCCUUCUCUUCCUCUCAUCAACUUUCCUGCUUCAGAGAUGAGCUCUUGUUCUUCCUCUACCUCUACCAGCGAAGGCGUUUCGCACUGAGGGCACGGAGGCGAGAGUCUGGGACUCACAGCAAGAAAGUAAAGACUCAAUGAAAAAGAACAUUCCUCUCCUACCCUUUGUUCCGAAAUGAAUGCACAAACACACACAAACUGAUCUUCCAAACAAAUAUGAAGAUGUAAAAUGGAGACUCAGGCAGGAGACCUGGCCGUGUGCACCAUAGCAGAUGAAACUGAUCCAAGAUGAGCCGUUUGCCGACCAACUCUUCACUUCUGUACACUUAUGGUGCUGCAAAAAGGAAUUUCCCCCUUUACUGCUACAGUGAUUCAACACAUCUAUCUACAGACUGAUGCACGCUUUGCAAGAAGAAUAUCAAAGGCAUCAUAUCACCAGUUAGAAUUUGUGUUUGCACAUUGUUUUGUACACAUGGGGCGGGGGUCAAGAAGGUGUGGUACAUUGUGAAGGAUGUAGCCUUCAGACUCCACAUAAUCGUUUGCUUGCUUGACUGCAUUUCAACUUUAGGACUUGACCCAACAUGACUUUCAUAAAGCUGUCUGAAAAGUUUGAACCAUGAUUCUUUAAAUUCACUUUUAAACAUGCCGUUGUUACCUAAUAGAAGCUUGGAAAGCCUCUUAACAAAGGCAUAGAGUGCUGUAUGAAGCCUUGUAUAAACUGAAACAACCCAAAACAGCCCUUCUUUUUAGGGUUGCACCAUUACCACCAUGAUUUAAAUAAUUCUGCACGUUUCACCCAUCUCAGCAAAACAUAUCUGGUUUCUUUGGAAACUUAUUUGGAAUUUAAAAGAGAGUGUCCUGUAGUUUGAACAUUGCAUGAAUAUGCAGCAGAAGAUCGUAAUGAUGAACAUGAGGGUCCUUCAACAAUGACCACUAAUGAGAAAAUCAGCAACAUAAUGCAGUUUUCCUUCUUCAUCCAGUGUAGGGUACAUGCUAGCUGUUAGAUUUAAUAUUAGUCUUGUAUGUUUUAUUUUAGUAAAGCUCCCCUUCAUGUAUUACAUAUUUAGUUAGUAGAACUGUCAGUGUACUGUACAAGUAUUUUAUAAAGCCUUGCAAUGCUAACAUAUAAAAAGAGACUACACUUUUAUCUACAAGUACUCUGAUGGCAUGUGUCUAAGAAAUCCCUGCAAUGCAUUUUGACUCACAACAUACAAUAUAGCUGCUUAAUCAAAGUUUGUAGUUUCACUCAGCACACAAACGCAUCACAUAGUAUUGAACAACAUGUUCAUACAUGCCACAUUUUAAAUGAACCAUUUUAUCAAGCUGUUUGUUGUGUUUGUAUUAUGCUGAUCUAAUUACUGCUUCUUUGCUUACUGAACUGCUUGAGCUGAAGAAUCUUUUACAAACCUUGAUUGAAGUUAUUUUAUUUAUUAUUGUUUCGGCAAUGCAACCUGCUUGUUAAUUGUUUAUCAUGUUUUUUUACAAAUUCAAUAAAAAUGAAACUUGCUUUAAGGUUCAUGCAAAUAGAAAUAAAAAUGGUGGGUGGA